AGUCAUUAUAUUAAAAGCAAGGUUUCAAGAAUGAAGAUUCUUUGUUAGGUGAUAAAAGAAGAAAGCAAGAACAUUGGGUUGAUCCAUCAGAAAAGAUGGGUAGCUUGAGAAACUCAAAGACACUCCAUGACUUGUUUGUGCAAGAGAAGCCUCUCUUCCCCAUUAUUCAACACUCUCCAACUUCACCCAUGAAUGAAGAUCUUCUCUCUGCUAUCUCUUACUGCACCUUUGUCUUCACCUUCACUGACCCUCUUGAAUCUCCAGCACAAAGAGAUUCCAAGAGGAUCCAACUUUCAAGGAUCAUUUCCAUACUCAAAUCUUCCAAGAAGCCAUUGCAGCACAGAAUCUUGGCCCCAUUGAUCUCAAUGAUUCAAGCUAAUCUCUUUAGGCCACUCCCUCCACCUGCCAACAACCCUUCUUGUUCUUCUUCUUCCUCCUCUUCCUCUUCUUCCGUCUGUGAACUCGCCGAGGACGAAGAUCCUGUCUCCAUAUUCUCACCAGUUUGGUCACAUCUCCAAAUAGUAUAUGAAAUUCUGCUCAGGCUUGUCAUCACCAUAGACUAUGAAGCCUUGAGAGUGUACAUGGAUCAGUCUUUCCUCCUCAAGCUCCUAUCACUCUUCCAAUCAGAAGAUCCAAGGGAACGCGAGAGCUUGAAGAAUGUUUACCACAAGAUAUACACAAAAUUCAUCACGGAUCGUUCCUUCAUGAGGAAGUCAAUGAAAGAUGUGUUGCUGAACCAUGUUUUCGAGAUAGAAAGGCAUCCGGGGAUUGCAGAGUUGCUUGAGAUAUGGGGAACCAUCAUAAAUGGAUUUACCGUGCCACUCAAGGAAGAGCACAAGCUGUUCUUGAUGAGAGUUCUGAUUCCCCUGCAUAAGACAAAGGGGAUGCAGGUCUACCAUAGGCAACUCGCUUAUUGCGUUUCGCAGUUUGUGCAGAAGGAGCCAAUGCUUGGUGCAGUUGUUGUUAGAGGGAUCCUCAGGUAUUGGCCUGUAACCAACACUCAAAAAGAGAUCUUGUUCAUUGGGGAGUUGGAGGAUCUUGUUGACAAUAUUGACCCUGAUCAGUAUAGGAAGUUGGCCUUGCCAUUCUGUACACAGAUUACUAAAUGCAUUAACAGCCGGAAUUCACAGGUGGCAGAGCGAGCGCUGUAUGUAUGGAACAACGAACAGUUUGUGAAGAUGGCGACGACUGGGAUGGUGGAAGUGUUUCCGGUGAUAGUAGAAGGGAUGGAGAGGAACCUCAAGUGGCACUGGAGCAAGAAUGUAAGGCAAUUAACAGAAAGUGUGAAGGUGAUGCUGGAAGAGAUGGACCCAGAACUUUAUACAAAGGGUCUCAUUGACAUGCAAAAUAAACAAGCAGAGGCACACCAACUUGAUAUCAGGAGAAAAAAGAGAUGGGAGAGACUAGAAUUGGAAGCUGCAAAGAACAAAUUUCUCAAUCCACAACGUUCUAUAUGUGUCUCUCACUAGUAUGCAACUUUGUGCUGCCAAAACCCACUUUCAUUAUGUAAACAUAAUAUACAACUUUUGACUCGUGCUAGCAAC